GGACUGCUGACCAAUGUGCUUCGUCUUCCUUUGCGCGUUUGCCCUAUCAGAGAGGUAGGGGGUGGAGUUCCGGUCGUCAGCGGUUCCUCCCGGCUGAGCUCGCGUUUCUUCCCGCGCGCGUUGUGGGCUUGCAGUUGAGAUAGACAUUACAUGGUAUCAAAAGUGGGAUCUGAAGGAGGUGACCACUAAGGAAUACCAACAUCCAGAAAUAAGUGAGUUUCCUGCACGUGAGCCCUUUGCACUCUUUGCUUCUGCAAAUAAGAUCUUUACUACGUUUGGAUGCUACUCCUGACAUGGAGAAGAUUGAGGAACAAUUUGCUAAUCUGAGCAUUGUUAAACGUUCCUCAGAAACUAAAGAGACUACUUAUUUGCUUGGUAUAGACACAUCAAAAGCUGUACAAGCAGAAAAAGAAAACUUGGUUGCUGUUUUAUGUUCUAAUGGAUCAAUCAGAAUAUAUGAUAAAGAAAGGUUAUAUGUACUACGAGAAUUUAGUGGAUAUCCUGGACUUCUGAAUGGAGUCCGAUUUGCAAGUUCUAGUGACAGUGUAUAUUCAUCAUGUAGCGAUGGCACCGUAAAGUGUUGGGAUGCUCGAUUAGCCAGUGAAAAACCUGUCCAGCUGUUCAAGGGUUACCCUUCCAAUAUUUUUAUUAGUUUCGAUAUCAACUGCAAUGAUCAUGUCAUUUGUGCUGGUACAGAAAAAGUUGAUGAUGAUGCCUUAUUGGUAUUUUGGGACGCAAGAAUUAGUUCUCAGGAUUUGUCUACUACUAAAGACCCACUUGGAGCAUAUUCAGAGACUCAUAGUGAUGAUGUCACUCAAGUGUGCUUCCAUCCCUACAAUCCCAACAUGUUAGUUUCAGGUUCAUCUGAUGGCCUGGUAAAUGUAUUUGAUAUUAGUGUGGAUAAUGAAGAAGAUGCACUGAUUACAACCUGUAACUCCAUUUCAUCAGUAAGCUGUAUUGGUUGGUCUGGAAAGGAUUAUAAACAGAUUUACUGCAUGACACACGAUGAAGGGUUUUCUUGGUGGGAUCUUAAUCAUCUGAAUACUGAUGAACCAAUUACAUGUUUGAACAUCCAAGAUGUCAGAGAAGUGGUUAAUCUGAAAGAAGGUAUUUUGGACUAUUUAAUUGGUGGCCUAUAUCAUGAAAAAAUGGACAAAUUGUUUGUUGUUGGAGGAACAAACACAGGAAUUAUUCACUUAAUGAGCUGCACUACAUCAGGAUUGAGCCAUGUGACCAGCCUUCACGGAGGUCAUGCUGCUACCGUCCGUUCUUUCUCUUGGAAUAUGCAGGAUGAUUCUUUGCUAACCGGAGGAGAAGAUGCACAGUUGUUACUUUGGAAACCCGGACCAAUAGAGAAGACAUUUACAAAGAAAGACAGCAUGAAAAUAGCAUCCUCUGUGUCCCAGCGAGUACGAGUUCACAGUAAUGAUUCUUACAAGAGAAGGAAGAAGCAGUGAUGUUCUGUUGGGAGUUUACUUGACAGGUUUUAUAGUUGCAAGUAGUUAUUUUUGGGUACUACCUGUGAUAGCUAUGUUUAAAGCUCCUAUGUAAAAACAAGCCAGUUAGCAAACAGUCCUGGAGAAAUGUUGAAAAUGGUUUAAUUCAGGUCUUCAUGUAUUCUAAAAUUAUUUUUUUUAAAGCUGCCAGUUGAGUAUAUAAUCAGUGAGUUGAAAGUAAAAUUACAUUCCUCAUUUUUAAAACCCAUCUGUUGAGUUAGUAAAUGUUGGGUUUAAAGAAAUAGCUUUGAUAAGGACUUUUUAGAAGUGGAUGACUGGUGUGACUUUAAAAAAUCAGGUGGUUUGAAAUACGUUUUUUAAGUUUAGGUUUUUUUUUUACAUUUUAAAUCAUCUUCAUUAUUUAUAAAACCAAAUCAGACUUUUCUGUAGGAGCUCCCACUUGCUUAAUACACAUAAAUUAAGUUGGAGUAUUUAAAUAUAAAUAUUCCAAUGAUUCUAAGUAGAACUAAGGGUUUUUUUUUUUAAAUAAAAUGAUUUGCAUCUAUUUAAAAAAAGAUAUUUAGUUUAUAUUUGCAUCUAUCUGGAUAGAUAGUUCUUUGUUUUGUUUUGUUUUGUUUUUUUAGUAGGCUCCACUCUGAGUAUGGAGCCCAGUGUAAGGCUUGAACUCACGAGCCUGAGAUCAUGUCCUGAGCUGAGAUCAAGAGUCAGAUGCUUAACGGACUGAGUCACCCUGGCACCCCUGUUUGCAUCUAUAUCUUUAAAUAGUUAAAUGGUAAACAGAUAUUUCACUGAUGAAAAGGAAAUUAUCUUGCAGAACUCAUUUUGAGACUCAAAGGGAAUAUACAAAAAAUGAAAGUAUUUAUAUAGCAGAAUAUUAUUUCAAAAUAUUCUACUAUCUUGUGAUAAAAUUUUCUUUCAUAGUGUUUCAUCCAUAAUUUUAAACUUAAGUGCCCAUGGGGAAUGGGGGCCAUGUAGGAGGUGCUGCUGGGAAAGGAUGAUGCCAUAAUUUUGAACUUGAAUUUUUGUUUGCUGCCAGUUUUUUCAUCCUUACUGUUAAAUAUUUUUCCAAAGAAUCUUAAUUAAAAAGUUGGUCACUUGGGUGCCUGGUGGCUCAGUGAUUAAGCAUCUCACUCUCGAUUUUGUCUCAUGCUAUGAUCUCAGGGUUAUGAGAUUGAGCUCCACAAUGCUCUGUGCUCAGAGGAGCAUCUGCUUAUCCCGCUCCUUCUGCUUUUCCCUAACUCACGCGUGUGCUCUCUCUUUCUCAAAUAAACAAAUAAACUAUUUUUUAAAAAGUU